AAAAAAUCUGACAGUUUACUGUGUCGUGUUGUGUUGUCUCCUCCCGACGAGCUUCUCGUUUUUCCUCGCAUCGUCAUAAUUUCCACCACAGUCAGACAGCCACACAAACAGAUUUUUCCUCGCGAUCGUGCCCAUAUUUUCGUAAGCGUAAAAUUUUAUCGCGAUUUUCCUGCCCAUUUCAGCGGCCAUAAAACCUUCCCACCGUAACGCGCUGUAAGUCGAGCUCGGGAACGUGACGUGUGCUGAUUUCCAGUCGAAAGCAAAUUGAAACAAGGUGGAAUGGUAAUUUCGCAAUCGAUCACAGCCACUAGAAGAAUCUUGAUUGGUUCAGCAUAAGUCGGGGAAGCUUUGGAAAGAUAGCGCAAGUUUUGUGAUUGAAGCAAAAGAACAGAACGCAAAAUGGUUCUAGCGGAUCUCGGCCGGAAGAUCACGAAUGCUCUGCAUUCGCUGAGCAAAGCGACCAUCAUCAAUGAAGAGGUUCUUGAUUCCAUGCUGAAGGAGAUUUGCACGGCUCUCCUGGAAGCGGACGUGAACAUCCGGCUGGUGAAAAAGCUGCGGGAGAAUGUAAAAUCGGUGAUUGAUUUUGACGAAAUGGCUGGCGGGUUGAACAAGAGGCGCAUGAUUCAGUCGGCCGUCUUCAAGGAGCUGGUCAAACUGGUUGAUCCGGGAGUGAAACCAUUUCAACCGAUCAAGGGUCGUCCGAAUAUUAUCAUGUUUGUCGGUUUACAGGGAUCCGGAAAAACGACAACCUGUACCAAGCUAGCCUACCACUACCAGAAAAAGAACUGGAAAUCCUGUCUGGUAUGCGCGGAUACGUUCCGUGCCGGUGCUUACGAUCAGAUUAAGCAAAAUGCCACCAAGGCUCGAAUUCCGUUCUACGGAAGCUACACGGAGGUAGAUCCGGUGGUUAUUGCCCAGGACGGAGUUGAAAUGUUCAAGAAGGAAGGUUUUGAAUUUAUCAUCGUCGAUACGAGCGGUCGACACAAACAGGAGGAGUCCCUGUUUGAGGAGAUGUUGGCGGUUGCGACCGCAAUUAAACCGGACAAUAUUAUUUUCGUUAUGGAUGCCACCAUUGGACAGGCUUGCGAAGCGCAAGCCAAGGCUUUUAAGGAGAAAGUUGACAUCGGUUCCGUCAUCAUCACCAAGCUGGACGGACAUGCCAAGGGAGGUGGUGCUCUUUCGGCCGUGGCAGCAACCAAUUCCCCCAUCAUCUUCAUCGGCACCGGAGAACACAUUGACGACUUGGAACCGUUCAAGACCAAGCCGUUCAUCAGUAAACUGCUAGGAAUGGGCGAUAUCGAAGGUUUAAUCGAUAAGGUCAACGAGCUGAACCUGGACGAUAACGAGGAACUGAUCGAUAAAAUCAAACACGGCCAAUUUACGAUACGGGACAUGUACGAGCAGUUUCAGAACAUCAUGAAGAUGGGACCGUUUUCCCAGAUAAUGGGAAUGAUUCCAGGUUUCUCGCAAGAUUUCAUGACCAAAGGUGGCGAACAGGAAUCGAUGGCCCGCAUCAAACGGUUGAUGACGAUGAUGGAUUCCAUGUCGGACGGUGAGCUGGACAACAAGGACGGGGCGAAACUGUUCAGCAAGCAGCCCAGUCGGGUGAUUCGUGUUGCCCAGGGUUCGGGUGUUACGGAGCGGGAGGUGCGGGAUUUAAUUUCACAGUACACAAAGUUUGCGGCCGUUAUUAAAAAGAUGGGUGGCAUCAAGGGUCUGUUCAAGAGCGGUGACAUGGCAAAGAAUGUUAAUCCGACGCAGAUGGCCAAGCUGAACCAGCAGAUGGCGAAGAUGAUUGAUCCACGGAUGUUUCAGCAGAUGGGGGGAAUGAGUGGGUUGCAGAAUAUGAUGCGGCAGCUGCAGCAGGGAGCUGGGGGGCUCGGGAAUCUGAUGGGCGGAUUCGGUAAGUCUUGAAGUGUGAAUCGUGGCAGUUUUGGAACCGCCCGGUGUUUUCCCCCGUGCGACGCACACGGUGUUACCUUUGUGGAGUCGCUUAUUCGUUCUUCGGUAAAUCCAAUCUUGAUAGUUUAUGUUGUUUUAUGAGAAUUUUUUUUGCUAUUGUUUAUUGGAAUCGAAAUGCGCGAGAAAGAUGAGAGUUGUCGGUGUUAAAAAAAUACAUGCCAAGGUAGGGUCGACUUUAAUCUUAA